CCUCCUCCGCCGCCGCCUCCGCCUCGUCCGCCGCCGCCUGGCAGCGCGGUGGCGGCGGGCAGCCUCCGGCUGUGGCCCCGCAGAGCCGAGCGGAGCCGGGCCGAGCCGAGCCGAGCCGAGCCGCGCCGCGCCGGGCCGAGCCUCCUCCGGUCGCCGCCCGCCCGCCCCUGUCGCGAUGUCGGGCGCGGCGCCCGGCGCCCCCAAGCCGCUGCCGUCCUCCGGGCCGAAGUCGCUGCGGGAGAUGCCGCAUCCCCUGGCCACGUCCAGCAGCGAGGAGAUGGGGCCGGCGCUCAGCCCCAGCCCCGACCUGCUGCUGCCCCGCGGCAUCGCCGACAAGGAUCUCAGUCUACCCAAUGGCACACCUGUUGACACGUCUAGCCCAGCCUCCUCCUCAUCUCUUCUCAACAGACUACAGUUGGAUGAUGACUUGGAUGGGGAAACUAGAGACCUGUUUGUUACUGUUGAUGAUCCCAAAAAACAUGUGUGCACAAUGGAGACGUACAUCACAUACAGAGUUACAACAAAGACCACACGAGCUGAGUUUGAUUUGCCAGAGUAUUCUGUGCGUCGGCGGUACCAAGACUUCGACUGGUUGAGAAACAAGCUGGAAGAGUCUCAGCCAACGCAUCUCAUUCCCCCACUUCCUGAGAAAUUUGUGGUGAAGGGUGUCGUUGAUCGCUUUUCUGAAGAGUUCGUGGAGACAAGGAGGAAAGCGUUAGACAAAUUCUUGAAGAGAAUAACCGAUCAUCCAGUGCUUUCUUUUAAUGAGCACUUCAACGUGUUUCUCACUGCCAAGGAUCUUAAUGCAUACAAAAAGCAAGGAAUGGCAUUGCUGUCAAAGAUGGGAGAGUCAGUCAAAUACGUCACAGGAGGCUACAAAUUAAGAAGUCGUCCACUGGAGUUUGCAGCCAUUGGAGAGUAUCUAGACACAUUCUCUCUAAAACUUGGUACCAUUGACAGAAUAGCACAACGGAUUAUCAAGGAACAAUUGGAAUACUUGGUGGAACUACGAGAAUAUGGACCUGUUUAUUCAACGUGGGGUGGGCUGGAGGUUGAAUUAUCAGAGCCACUGGAAGGAGUGUCUGCCUGCAUUGGGAACUGCUGCACAGCUCUUGAAGAACUCAGUGAAGACAUGACAGAAGACUUCCUGCCUGUGCUUAGGGAAUAUAUACUGUACUCGGAGUCAAUGAAGAAUGUGCUGAAGAGGAGAGACCAAGUUCAAGCGGAGUAUGAAGCAAAACUGGAAGCAGUAGCCUUGAAAAAAGAAGACCGUCCAAAGGUACCCACAGAUGUUGAGAAAUGUCAAGACCGAGUAGAAUGUUUUAAUGCUGACCUGAAAGCAGAUAUGGAGAGAUGGCAGAACAACAAGCGACAAGACUUUAGGCAGCUACUCAUGGGGAUGGCAGAUAAAAACAUCCAGUACUACGAGAAGUGCCUUACGGCGUGGGAGUCAAUUAUACCACUAUUGCAAGACAAGCCAGAGACCAAAUGAGAAGUACCUUCAUGGACAGUCUAGCACUUCCGUGCUCAGUACCACUAGACAUACCGGAACUGUAUGAAGGACUCUUCUUUGUCACAUUAACUGAAAUGCCAGCUGUGCUGAAGCUGGAACAGACCCUCUGAGAACUAGUCAAAUUUUUUUCCUCAUUUUCUGUUUAAACUGGGGUAUGUUUCAUCUUUUUGAGUUAUCUUGAAUGGUUCCUUCUCUAUCCUAUGGAGUGAUAUGGGGCUUAUAGUGAAAGUGCAUGGGGAUCAUAAAACUUACCUCUUUAGUCUGGAAGGAACUGAUGAGUAGAACACUAAAAAGAUGAAAAUAAAACUCUACUGCAAGGUGCCAAAUGA